AUGGACUUACUGAAAAUAUUGGACGCCAAGCCCGAACCAACAAUUGCAACCGAGCAUUUCGAGGUGGAGGAGAAAUACCAGCUAUCCAACGAUUACAAAAUCCCCACCGGAUUGAGCGAUUUCCAGAAGGAGCUGAUAGACCAGAUCGUGUCGUUGCACUACAGUGACAUCCUCAAGUUCUUUGAACGGGUGGACGAUACCCAAGAGAAUGACCGUGUGAUUGUGGACUCUCUUGAGACAAUGCUGCUGAACACGCAAUUGGUUUGUUCCCAUCCGUACUUGUUGAUUGACCACUAUUUUCCUAAAAGUUUAACUGCAAGAGAUAUUCCCAAACGGCUUUCCGAAACAAGCGGCAAGUUCAAGAUUCUGAGCGACCUGCUCAACAUUCUGGACAGCAUCUACAAUGUCAAGGGCAAACAAAGUAUAGAUAUAGCCAUCAUUGCUAGACCAGGCAAGACCCUUGACUUAAUUGACGCUCUUUGCAUUGGCCACAAGUGCAACUUCAAGCGGUAUUCUGGGACAAAGUUGAAGGAAUCUGCGGGAGCAAACAAGAAGAACGUGAACUUGAACGUUCACCUGUUUCCCUCGGACUCGAAAGAUUUCACGUCUGAGCCCAACACGAGAAUGAAGAUAAUCAUCUCGUUUGACAUCAGUUGUUCUUUGGACCACGACAGGAUCUUGAGACUCCGCAACAGAAGCACCAAGAUUUUGCAUCUUGUUCCCAUCAAUACGAUUGAGCACAUUGCGCUGUAUUUCCGCAACCAGGUGGAAACCAGGAACUACAAUGACUACCUAAAGCCGGUCACGGCUGCUGCGGUGGUUCUGAGGGACCGGGCUGGGCAGUUGCCAUUGGAGCUACGGCCAAUAUACAACAAGAACCUGGAGUUUUUGAGCAACUGGAUGCGCGAUCCAGAGGUCCACCGGUGGCCGUUGCUGGACAUGCCGAUCAUUCCAACGUACACCUCGAACGAUGUUGAGCGGUCUUUGUUAACAGAGGUGAAGUUCAAUUUUGACAACGAUGAUUUCCUCAAGGAGGAGGAGACUAAGGACAGUGACCUGAACCUGAACUUCAACUUCAGCGGAAAGACCAAGAUGAUCGGACACAUUAUCCAGCCCCGGUUCAAGAGCAAUCACCAAAAAAAGACCGAUUUUUACGAGUCCAAGCGUCUUGAGAAGAAAUACUUGUUCAAUGUUCUGAAUUCCGACAACAAGACGCUGACGGGGAUCUCCAAGGACAUUGCGAUGGACCAGAUACUGACCCAUACACUGAUGUUCCACUUUGGCCAGAGACUGCAGGAGCUGAUUGCGAAGAACGAGGAGCUAAGGUCGUUUGACGAGUAUUACGGAGCACACUCCAAAAACAUCGAGGAGAUCAUGGCCACUUACCGGAAGAUCUCGUCGGAGUUGCAGGAACGGGAGGACUCUGCGGCCCGGAGCAGCAAGGAGGUGACUGCUUCGAGCGAGCGCAUUGCUGUCCACAAAGAGAACAUACAGACCUACAAGCACGAGAUCGAGGAGAUAACGAGCAAGAAAGACAAUUUUGAGGAGACGGCAUCGCUGUGGCUAAAGUACGACAGCGAGCUUGUGCAUCUGGAGGAGGAGAUCGAGAAACUGGAAGGCAAGAUUGAGGCUGCGACGAACGAGAGCUCGUACAUGACCGCGGAGCUGGAACGGGCUAGCACGUCGAUUGUUGAGUCCGAGAAGGAGAUCGCAGAGAAGCAGACGCAGAUCGGAUUGUUACGGCAGCAAGUUGAGAGUCUCAAAAAGCAAGACGACGAGGAUCGACUGCAGAAGCUGGAAGCAGCCAAAAAAGAGUACGAGUCCACACUGCGGAAGAAUCAGCUGUUGCAGGAAGCAAUGGAGACGUCGUUCAAAAAAGUGACCGACUCGGAAAGCCGAUCACGAUAUGUAAACUACUCGAGAAACGGGCUGCUUUCUAAAAAGAAUGCAGGCGCUACUGUUUAA